AUGGACGCUAAGCUGGAACUGGAUUCUAUCACCCAGGCCAAUCCCUUCGCUACGUAUGUGCCGAUAUGCGACGGCGUAAUAUCUAUUAUUAACCGAGGAUUGGACUUCAAGAGUCUCACACUCACCGUUCUCAAAAAGUCCACAGCGUACAUGGGGGUUCAUUGGGUGAAGGGGCGUGACGGAGACACGGUGUUGAUGCAGCGUCAUCCGCUAUGUAACAUGGAGGAGCACGGAAGGAGGAACCUUUCUAAGUACCAGCUUCACAAGUGGGAUCAGCAAUCACCAGAUGCUUCCAUCCUCGGACGACGUCCUGUUGAGCGGAAGUGA